GGCGAAAAAACGCCAUUAAUAUAGUUAUAAUGCUACACAAGUUUUUUGCAGACGCAUAAUUUUCACCGCAAAGCCGAAAGAAAAGUGCAAAUAACGUGUUUAAACCGUUGAAAAAACGCAGCUAAACAAGGCUUCGCUUGACUAAAGAAAAAAGCAAAUCACAUAGAAUAGAUUUUGAUGUCUGAUAUUAUAGAACAUACCGAGAUGAGCGAUUUCCAACAGCAAGCGAGUAUGAACCAUUCCCAGGCACUAGCGCAGGCAAUCCAGCGUGCCAAGCAGAUUGCGGCCAAAAUACAACCAAGUCAGCAGGGGGGAGGCCCAGCUGGUAUAUCGCCACCGGCUUCUGGGGGCGGUGCACCAAGCUUCAAACGGCACAACGAUGACGGUGACAGCGGUCCGGAAUCCAAGCGAUCCUUCGGCAGUCCCGACUACGGCAACAGCAGCCCCAACAUGAGCAGUGGCAGCGGUGGCGGUGGUGGUGGUGGCGGUCAGGGAGGAGCUAGUAUCAGUCAAGCAAUUGCCCAGGCAGCAGCGGUGGCCGCAAGGUUGGCCGCCUCCGCAGGAACCAUUUGCGAGGAGCAGAUCCGACUACCCGAAUCGGUGGCCGGUGCUUUUAUGGGCCGAUCUAGCAAUGACACCAUCACCCACCUACAGGCAGAGACCGGUGUGAAGGUACAGGUCAUGCAAGAUCAGGAUCGUGUGAUCAUGCUGCGUGGCCAACGUGAUACAGUCACGAAGGGCCGUGAAAUGAUUCAGAACAUGGCAAAUCGGGCUGGCGGUGGACAGGUUGAAGUGCUGCUUACCAUUAACAUGCCGCCACCGGGACCCAACGGCUAUCCGCCGCAUCAGGAGAUCAUGAUUCCUGGCGCCAAGGUUGGCUUGGUUAUUGGAAAGGGUGGGGACACCAUUAAACAGUUGCAGGAAAAGACCGGCGCCAAGAUGAUCAUUAUCCAAGACGGACCUAAUCAGGAGCUGAUCAAACCGCUUCGAAUUUCCGGCGAGGCGCAGAAGAUAGAGCAUGCCAAGCAAAUGGUUCUCGAACUCAUCGCACAGAAGGAUGCUCAGUCCCAGCAGCAGGGUGGUCGAGGUCCUGGCGGAGGUGUUGGUGGUCCUGGCAUGGGAUUCAAUAACUUUAACAAUGGCAAUGGCGGCGAGAGUGUUGAAGUCUUUGUGCCCAAGAUAGCAGUUGGCGUGGUUAUUGGAAAGGGUGGUGACAUGAUCCGAAAGAUCCAAACCGAAUGCGGAUGCAAACUCCAAUUCAUCCAAGGAAAGAACGACGAGAUGGGUGAUCGUAGAUGCGUCAUCCAGGGCACUAGGCAGCAGGUCGAGGAUGCUAAGCGCACCAUUGAUGGAUUAAUUGAGAAUGUUAUGCAACGUAAUGGCAUGAAUCGAAAUGGAGGCGGCGGAGGGCCGGGUGGCGACUCCGGCAAUUCAAACUACGGCUAUGGAUAUGGCGUUAAUCAUGCACAAGGUGGACGUGAGGAAAUAACAUUCCUAGUGCCCGCUUCGAAAUGUGGAAUUGUAAUUGGUCGCGGCGGUGAGACCAUUAAGUUGAUAAAUCAGCAAUCUGGCGCCCACACCGAAAUGGAUCGGAAUGCUAGCAAUCCGCCCAAUGAGAAACUCUUCAAAUCCAAGGGCACCACCGAUCAGGUGGAGGCAGCCCGCCAAAUGAUCUCAGAGAAGAUAAAUAUGGAACUGAAUGUCAUAUCCCGCAAGCCCAUCGGCGGUGGUCCUGGCGGUGGUGGUGGAAACGGUGGUCAGAACAACUCACACCACAAUCAGCAGGGCGGAUAUGGUGGACAGAAUCAGAUGCCGGGUGGUGAUCCGAACUCAGGAGCAGGUUAUCAACAACAACAGCCUUGGGGUGGUCCAUACGGACAGCAGGGAUGGGAUCCGUCCGGUCAGCAGCAACAGCAACAACAACAAAUGGUCAUGGCCAAUCAAGGAGGAGGAGCAGCGGGAGGAGCUGGUGGUGGUCAAGACUAUUCGGCACAGUGGAUAGAAUACUACAAACAAAUGGGUUGUCAUCGAGAGGCUGAAAUGAUUGAGCAACAAAUGAAAGCAAAGCAAGCUGGCGGAGCCUCAGGUCCUGUCCAGCCGCAGCAGCAGCCCCAACAGCAACAACAGCAGCAACAACAAUCCCAACAGCAGCAAGGAGGUGCCGGUGGCGGAGGAGCCGACUACAGUGCCCAGUGGGCGGAGUACUACCGCAGCGUAGGCAAGAUUGAAGAAGCCGAGGCUAUCGAAAAGACAUUAAAGAAUAAGCCACAAAAUGGAGCAGCGGGUGGCCAGAACAAUGCGCCCAAUCCCAACCAAGGCGGUCCCAAUCCCGGUCAACAGCAGCCCAAUCCCGCUGCGGCGGCGGCAGCAGCUGCUGCUGCAGCGGCAGCCGGUGGUUAUGGUCAAAGCAUGACGCCCAGCCAGUACGCACAAUAUUCGCAGUAUUAUGCGGCGGCGGCUGCAGCUGGUGGUCAGCCACAGGGAGCGCCUCAACCUGUCGGUGGGCAAGGAGGUGGACCACCGGCGGGCUAUCCUGGAGGUUAUCCUGGUGGUGGCUAUGGCGGUUAUCCUGGUGCGCCUGGGCAACAGCAGCAGCAGAAACCGCACAAAAACGAUAAACACUGAGAACGUGCGGUGUGAUCGGGAACGGGAGCGGGAAGGAGAUGUAUGUGGGAUUGGAAGCGAACGCCGAAGUGGAAGAUGCUAUGGUCGGAGGACGAUGCAGGUGCCUUGCAUGGGUGAUCUAUUGUUCUACUAUGUCCUAUGUCUUUUAUCCCCCCACAAAACUAGCAAAUCAUGUAAGAAAAUGAUUUUUAAUUGCAAUAACAACAGCAAUAGCAGAAGUAGAAGCAGAAGCAUCACCAGACAGACAACAUACGGCAGAAUUGGAGGGUGGAGAGAGAUCAGUCGUGGAGCCGGAUCAAUCAGAGCCAAUCAAUCGGAGAGUGAAACAUUUGACUUGAGGCGUCACACUUUUGCAUAAAUGUAAAUUAAUAUGCCUAUAUAUGCCUAUAAUUCCCCACAAUAGUUCGUAAGCGAUUUCCCUGAGAUCCUAAGUCUACAUUUACCUACUAUUUAUACAUGAAGCCCGACCGAAUGAAAGUUAAUGCUCUUGCUGUUCAUGUUCACCAUUUGCACAGACACACUAAGAGAAUCUAAUUGAAUCCGUUUUGGGUGUUUUGUUCAUUUAUUUGUGUACACAUCUGCAUAUAUCUAUAGCAUAUAGCAUAUAUAUAUAUAUUUCUUUCACCAUCAAUUCAGGCCAUGAAAUGUGCCCCAGCCUGAAGGAACCGCAGUGGGUGUUUUACUUUUUGAAAGACACCAAUCGUGGAAAUUGAUCAAUUGCAAUAACUGAAAUACUAUAUCAUUAGUAUAAUCGCAUAUUUUUUACCGCAUUAAAGAUAUAGAACAUUUUUAAUACAUGGAUCCUUAUUCACGUACUUAGCUUAGUUAUAAUAAUAAAAACAAGAAUAAUUUCAACAUUAUAUAAUUGCCAUUUACACAUGAUCAACUAAGUCUGCUGAUCUGGUAAGAUUUUUGAGAUUUAACCGAACCGCUUUAUAUCACAUUUGAGUCAAUUGAGAGAGGGCCUGGUUUAAUUGAUGUGACAUUUUGCAUAACAAUAUUCUCAUAUUUCAGUUCCGGAUAACAACCCAUCAGAUCAUUAUUGUGAUGAUCAUGUAACGAAACUUUAUUGAAUUUCAAAUUAUUCCAUGAUCUAUAUAUUUGUAUUUUUUCAAUUAUAAUACAAUUUACCAUUGAAUGAACUAUUUUAUGAGCAGGAUAAUCUUGGCUAUUGCAAUAUUUAUAUCAUCAAAAUGCAAACAUAUAUAGUAUGUACUUUCAGAGGCCGCUCUUCAGACCAGUUCAUAACACAAUUACGAUAUCAAACCCCAAAACUUUUUCACACUCUAACAAAAACAAACAUGAUGAGAUAUACAAAACCAUAUAUUGUAAAAGUGUCAAACUUGGUAAGAUCGUGUGUUGUUAUUACUGUCUAUUAAAUUAUACAUAUUGCAAAUCAAACAAUGAAUAAUUACCCAAAAUGAAUGUAGGUCUACCAUUAUUUAUAAACUAAACUUUGACAUAUAAUAACUAAACUAAGUUUUACGUCUCCCCAAAAAUAUCUGAUUGUUGCAACAGCAGAUGAUGAAUCAUAUUGUAAACGUUGUCCAGCUGGGUAGGCUCAGAGUUCGGGACCACCAGAUCCAGAUCCUGAUCUGCCUUGCAGUCGGCAAAACAUUGAAUAAACAUUUAAUAUAUACCGUAUAAUAUAUAUCCAUAUACAUAUAAUGCCA